AUGUUGAAGCCAGACUUUGUUUUUCUGUCCGAAACUGUUAGCUCACAGUCUCAAUUGGAAGUUCUUCGAGUUCGUCUCGGUUUUUGUGGUAAGAUUGUUGUUGAGAAAAUUGGUCGUAGCGGUGGUCUCUGCCUAUUGUGGGGGGACUUCGUUGAUGUUGAGCUUAUCGAAUUCUCUAUGUUUCAUAUUGACGUGUUCAUCGAUGCUGUUGGUUCCCCUUCUUGGCGUUUUACGGGGUUGUAUGGUCAGCCUGAUGCUAUCCUUAGGAAGGAUUUCUGGCGUUUCUUGGGUAUGUUGGCUUCGUCUUAUGAAGGUCCUUGGUUGUGCGAGGGUGAUUUGAAUGAAAUUAUUGUUGCUAGUGAGAAAGAUGUUGCAGCGUCUAGGCCCAAUUACCUCAUGAGGAACUUCAAACAAGCUUUAUCUGAUUGUGAUCUUAUUGUUUUGGGUUUCUCGGGCCCGAAGUUUACUUGGUGUAAUCGGCACAAAGAUAGCACGUUCACUCAGGUACGUCUUGACCGCAUGCUUGGUAACCCGAAAUGGUUCGAUUUAUUCCCUAGUUUUUCUGUGUCCCAUCUUAGCUUUUGGGGUUCUGAUCAUCGACCUCUUCAUGUCCAAAUUAAUCAUACUAAUGAGGGCAUUAAGGGGCAUAUGUUACUUAAGUCUCGGUUUCAUUAUGAGACUGCUUGGGAGGAGGAUGAGGAAUGUGGGAAUAUUAUUUCUUUGGCUUGGAAUAGCGGUGUGGGGUAUAACUUUGAGACUUUGGCUACUAAAAUUGCUAAUGUUGCCACUAAUCUUGGUCGUUGGAACACCACUGUGUUUAAAAGGCAUCAUAAGGAUAUUAAGAAAAAACAAAAACAAUUAAAAAGUUUGGAUGCUUCUCUCUCUGUUGCUAAUUUGAAAGAUUAUGUGUCUCUUGAGAAGGAAUUGGAUGUGCCUCAUUACAAAGAAGAAAAAUAUUGGGCACCCCGCUCUAAGCAGAAUUGGCUCAUGCUGGAGUUCGGGCAAGAUAACCUCGCGGGUGUCUUUCAAGACUAUUUCCAGUCUAUUUUUGAGUCUGGUUCUCCUACUUGUGUUGAUAUGGAUCUUGUUCUUAAUGCUAUUGUUCCCAAGGUCACUUCUCGUAUGAACGAUCAACUGACUAGACGCUAUACUGGCGAGGAUGUGAGGAAGGCUCUUUUCCAAAAGAAUCCUUCUAAAAGUCCUGGCAAGGAUGGUAUGUCUGCAGGCUUCUAUCAGAAGUAUUGGGAUACUAUUGGUCCUGAAGUUAGCUCUGUUUGUCUCCGUUUUUUGAAUGAGGGUGGGCAUAUUAAAGCUGGUGUAGUAGUUCGUCGACAGGAGAAACCCAAGAUGCGUCUUCAGGUGGAAGAGCAGAAGUUGGGGUUCUGGGGAACAGGCGGCGGCGAAGAGUCAACAGAUGGCUAUUUGCCAAAAAUCUCGGUUAACACUACUCUUAUCACUCUUAUCCCGAAAAUCGAUGAUCCUAAACAUGCUUCGGAUUUUCGUCCUAUUAGUUUGUGUAACGUGCUUUACAAGAUUAUUGCAAAAUCUAUGACUAAUCGAUUACGUGAGAUUCUGGGUUCAGUAAUAUCUGAUGAGCAGAGUGCCUUCCUCCCUGGACGUCUUAUUACUGAUAAUUCCAUGAUUGACUUUGAGUGUGUUAACCAUCUGAAACGGCGUGUUAAAAGUAAAUUCGGUGCUUUUGCUCUCAAGCUUGACAUGUCUAAAGCCUAUGAUCGUGUUGAAUGGAGUUUUUUAUGUAGCCUUAUGAGGAAAUUGGGCAUUCAUGAGCAAUGGAUCAAUUUAGUUCUGGCUUGUAUUUCUUCGGUUGGCUAUGCUUUUAAUCUGAAUGGUGAAAUAUUGGGUAAAAUUAUUCCUAGCAGGGGUCUUCGACAAGGUGAUCCUUUGUCACCCUUUCUAUUUCUGAUCUGUGCUGAAGCAUCAGUGUUUGCUUGUCACCGUUUUAAGCAGCUUCUGAAUUGGUAUGGUAAGGCUUCUGGUCAACUUGUGAAUUUUUCUAAGUCUGCUAUGUGUUUUAGUUCUCAGAUUUCUUCUAGUGAUGCUGCUGACAUGGCCGCUAUUCUUGGUGUUCCUAUGGUUGCUUGCCAUGAGAAGUACCUUGGUCUUCCCUGUUAUGCUGGGCAGAGUAAGAAAGGUAUUUUUCAAUCCCUCAAAGACCGUAUUUGGAAUAAAUUGUUUAGCUGGAAAUCUCGGUCCUUCUCUGCUGCUGGGAAGGAGGUGCUUAUUAAAUCUGUCAUCCAGUCUAUCCCUGCUUAUUCUAUGAACUUGUUUAAGCUGCCUGCCAGUUUCAUUAAACAAAUGCAUCGACUCUGUGCUAGAUUCUGGUGGGGUGGUAAUGUGGAUAAACAGAAAUUACACUGGUGUGCUUGGGAGAGACUUUGUUGGCACAAGUCGGAUGGAGGAAUGGGGUUCAGAGAUCUUUCCUUGUUUAAUCAAGGUUUGUUAGCUAAGCAAGUCGUAAGACUUUAUUCUAUUCCGGAUUCUCUCGUUGCAAAGGUUAUGAAAGCACUCUAUUAUCCUACUUCCUCAGUGCUUACUGCCACUAGCUCAAAAAAAUCCUCUUUCAUCUGGAGAUCAAUUUUAUGGGGUAAAGAGCUUUUUCUCUCAAGGGCUAGGUGGCUUAUCAAAGAUGGAAAUAAUGUCUCUGUGUAUCAUGACCGCUGGAUCCCCCGCCUGAAUGGUGAUAGGUCUUGUUCGAAUCAUUUUCUUCCUGAAGAUGCAAUGGUCUCUAGCCUUCUUCUUCCUGAUGAUAAUUGGAACUCUGUUUUGAUCAGUGAGGCUUUUAAUUUGCAAGAGGCGACCGCUAUUCUCUCUAUCCCUCGCAAUCAUCUUCCUAUUACUGAUUGUGUUAUAUGGCAUUUUAAGUCUUUAGGUUUUUAUACUGUCAAAAGUGGAUAUUGGCAAGCCAUUCGUUUGUUGGGGAUAGGCCAGGCUUCAGGCUCUAAUGGAGCUUCGGUGAUAUGGACUAAAAUUUGGCAAUUAAAUAUUCCUGGGAAAGUGAGGCAAUUUUUGUUGAGAGGUGCGAAUAAUUGGCUACCUACCUUUUCUAACCUUUGCAAUCGAGGUAUUUCUGUUGAUUCCUUAUGCCUUUUUUGCCUAAAGGGCCCUGAGACUGCACUCCAUGCUUUAUGGAAUUAUGAUAGACUGAGUAACUUUAGACACACAGUUGGUAAUAUUAUACUUGUUCCUCCUUACACUAGAAUGGACAUUUAUGAGUUUUUGUUAAAUUGCUUAGAUUCUUUGUCUGUAACUGACUUUGGAAAACUCAUUAGCUUGGCAUUUCUAGAUCGUCACUUGAAUGCCAAUGGUGGCUCUUUCCCCGCCAGUGAGUCCUUGAGGGAUACUCCGAAAGUGCAUCGUUGGGAGAAACCUGUGGAGGGUGGUGUCAAAAUUAAUUGUGAUGCUGGCCUUGACCAUGUUGCGAAGAAGGCAGGAGCUGGGGCGGUAUUCCGUGACUUUCAUGGCAUGGUCCUUGCCUCUAGUACGUGGUCUUGGGAUCAUUUAUUGGACCCUACUAUUGUUGAAGCCUUGGCGGUUUAUCACAGUAUUUUGUUGUGCUCAAGACUUGGGUAUCUUACGGUGGUCAUUGAAUCUGAUUGUGCCAUUGUGGUCCGUGCAAUUAACAGUCACAAGAUCGAGCAUUCUUAUCUAGGAUAUAUUAUUAGGGAUAUUCUUGCUUAUUGUAAUUCUUUUCAUAGUAUCUCCUUUAAUUUUUGUCCUAGAAUGGCCAAUAGUGUUGCUCACUCCUUGGCUAAGUUUGCUUUAUCUCUUUCUGAUGAUUUUGUUUGGUGGCCUGGAUACCCCGAGUGUAUCAAUGUUGUAAUUCAGGAUGACAUUACUUGA